CGCGCGGUGAUGACGUCAGUGGCGCGCCGCCGGUGCCGCCGCUGGUGCCGGGCAUGGCCCAGCUCGGCGCCAUCGCCGCCCUCGCCCUCGGCGUCGCGGCCGCUGCGCUCCUCUCGGCCGUGCACAAGAUCGACGAGGGGCACAUCGGCGUCUACUACCGCGGCGGCGCCUUGCUGACCUCCACCAGCGGGCCCGGCUUCCACCUCAUGCUGCCCUUCAUCACGUCCUACAAGUCAGUGCAGACCACGCUGCAGACGGACGAGGUGAAGAAUGUCCCGUGUGGCACCAGUGGGGGAGUGAUGAUUUAUUUCGACAGGAUCGAGGUGGUGAAUUUCCUCAUCCAGAGUGCGGUGUACGACAUCGUCAAGAACUACACAGCUGACUACGACAAGGCUCUCAUCUUCAACAAGAUCCACCACGAGCUGAACCAGUUCUGCAGUGUCCACACGCUGCAGGAGGUUUACAUCGAGCUGUUUGAUCAAAUUGAUGAAAACCUUAAACUGGCCUUGCAGCAAGACCUAACCACGAUGGCCCCUGGAUUAAUUAUACAGGCAGUUCGAGUUACAAAGCCAAACAUCCCUGAAGCGAUCCGGAGGAAUUACGAGCUCAUGGAGAGUGAGAAGACAAAGCUGCUGAUUGCAGCACAGAAGCAGAAGGUGGUGGAGAAGGAGGCAGAGACGGAGAGGAAGAAAGCCCUGAUCGAGGCAGAAAAGAUUGCACAAGUUGCAGAAAUAACGUAUGGACAGAAAGUGAUGGAAAAGGAAACAGAGAAGCGAAUUUCAGAGAUUGAAGAUGCUGCAUUUCUUGCCCGAGAGAAGGCCAGAGCUGAUGCUGAGUGUUACACUGCAAUGAAGGUGGCCGAGGCCAACAAGCUCAAGUUAACUCCCGAGUACUUGCAGCUGAUGAAGUACAAGGCAAUCGCAGCCAACAGCAAGAUCUACUUUGGCAAAGAUAUUCCCAACAUGUUCAUGGACUCUGCAGGGAGCCAGACCAAAUCUGCAGAGGGACUGGCAGAAGGAAUCCAAGAGGAGGAUGGGGCAGGAGCCAGCGAGGACACAAAGCUACUUCAUAACAUCAACUGAAGAGAAAGAUUUCUAUUCGUUUUAUAUCAAAAAGUCAUGAACUGGGAAAUUCCUUUUCGUUUUCCCCCUUUCCUGUGCUGAAAGAGAUGCAUCAGAUUUAAUCCUUUCAAUCUUUUGUAUGACAAUUAGACACAAGGACUUUGGUAUUUAUGGGGUGGGUUUUCUGGUCAUUUCUAAGCUCCAGAUGUGUUCUGUAGCUGCAUCUCCCCAGCUCUUGGUCACCCAGACCAAGGAUUUGGGAGAGGCUGUUGGGGCUAUCAGCUGGAUGGGAACCUAAUUUGGGAUUGAGGUGGUUCAUAGCAGUUGCAGGUAAAGAAAUGUUGAGAUUCUGGAGGGAGGGGAAUUGCUGCUACAACUUGUUUUGGGGUUUUUUUCUUACUGAAAAUUCCAAGUACUUCAUUUCAAUCCCCUCUGAAAAUAAGGUGCUAGAUUUUGUACACUACAAGUGGCUGCUGGAGGCUGGGGCCAGGGGCAGGUGGCUGCUGAGCCCACAUGAGGUGACCCCGUGAGGGACAGAGGCUCAGCUGGAAUCCUGCAGGUUCCCACUCACAGGGGGAUCGAAGCCUUAGACCACGUCAUGCAGAGAGUGACCCCAGCUCCUCAUUUUCUGUGUCCUAACUCUGCUUUGUUUUCCAUUUGUCAUGCUUUUGUAGGGCACAGGAGAGUUUUGUCAGCAGUUCAGCUGCUGGGGAGGGCAUGGGCAGCAUCCUGGGGUGCAGAGCUGGGUGUGAUUUUCAGUGAAAUGAUGGAAAUUGUCAUAGAAAACCAGGGGGGAAAGAGUUUUUGUCUCAGGGACCCUGACUUUACAAAAGGCCUUGCUGACGAGGAGCUGCUGGAGUGACCAGCCAGUUUUUCAGCUUUUUAUCUGCUCUGUGGGAGCAGCUGGAUCUCUGUGUUUACAGUGUCUGACUAGAAAAAGGACCUUCAGGUGAGCAGAACUGAGCUGUGGGGCUGGAUGGACCUCAUGGAAGGAAGAUUUUGUACUGGCCAAGGACAAACCAUGAUCCUGAAAGGUCUCAGGGCAGAGAAGAGCAGCUCUUCCUGACCUACCCAAAGAUGGAUUCCCCUUUUUCUCUCAGAACAAUGUCCCAGAAUGUCCCUUCCCCUCCAGAGAGCCCAUCAGUUCCUCAUAUCCCAGAUCCAAGGAGGGAACAGGGCUUUGUUUUCCACACGUGCAAAAUUUGAGGAUAAAAGUUCAGGCCUAGAGAGAACAUUUUUUUCCCCCUACCUAAUCCAUCUGCAUUGGGCAGCAGAGCCUGGUGAUGAAUUGCUGAUAUAAUUUGAGGCCAGUAUCCUCUUCUGAGAUGAUGCCAGGGACCAGCCUGGUGCAUUCACAGGCUCCUGCCACAAAUUGUUGCUCCCCAGUAGCCCUGGUCUCACCCUUCAGUGUUAAAACCUUCAUCAAUCUGUGUUCCUCUGAGAGAGCUCGGAUGAAUCUCAGCUGCUGGCUCCAGGGUUUUUACAGCAGUUUUCCCUGUUCAUGCUUGAAAAUGCAAAAUAGAAAUUAACAUCAGUUUCUGCUGGAGAAAAGUCCCCUCCUGUUUGUAUUUCUUGGAAAAUAGGAGCUAAGGGAAAUCCCAUCUCCAGACCUGCAGCAGUGACCAACACCCCAGGGAGGCUGUGAUAUUCCUGGCUCAUAAAUAGAUCUGUGCAGGCAGAUUAGAACGGAACAGCAGAAGUAGCCACGAGGAUGAGCUCAUUUGAGAUUGUUCUGUGUUCAUGCUUGAGGUUUCCAUCAGAAACUAACACCUCCUUUUACACAAGUAUUUUUCACUAAUGAAAGGACCCAACUAAGCCAAAGUGGUAUUAUCAAGGCUUUUUUUUAAUGUGUGGUUUCACAGCAAGAGAAUAGCUUGGGAUAAAAAGCUCUUAAUGAUUUUUUUUUUUUAAUUAAAACUCUUGACUGCUAAAGUAUUAGUGUAAUUUUGUCCAAUUGUACUGAGAGUAAAAAAGCAAAAACAAAGUUGAGUGAAUCAGUCUUCACAAGCUGAAAUCCAUCGUGUCUUCAUUCAGGUUUCUUCACUCUAAAAUGUCCUGAAUUUUCCAGAGUGGAUCCAUCUCUCCAUGUAAACCUUUAUUCCCUCUGUCUCUUUAACAGGCAAGCUGUACUAUUCCUAUAAUCUUGACAUGAAGAUCUGAAAAAAUCUGAAAAAAGAUCUUUAAACCCACCCUAGAGCAAAGGGAGCAGAGGUUUGUGGCACUGCUGAUACCUGGGAGCACGGAAGUGCUCUGCCAGCGCAGUCCUUGAUCUUCUUAUCUACUGAACUCAAAGCUUUUUAUUUUGGUAUUUGCUAUGACAAUAAAAUGGCCUCAAUUUUAGAACA